AUGACAAAUGAGGAUUUGCGAGGAGACUUCAUGAGGUGGAAUCGAGUUCCAAGUCGAGACUCAGGAUGGAAUAACACAAUAUUAAUUGUUGUAUCAGACACUCUGUAUUAUAGGCAAAAUAAGGGGACCAACAUAGAAAAGACAGUAAUUCAGAGGGAGGAAUCAUCAGGAGAUACAGCGACUAGAUUAAUUUUAUUCCAGAAAUAUACCAAAGGAGCAUUAAUUGAUAUAAAGAGGAACGGAAGAAGAAGAUUCAUCCACUUGCCCAUUUUAUUCACAUUAGAAACCCUGCACCCGUGA